AUGGAGACUCGGGACGUUAGAUUAAUAUUUAAUUACACCACCAAAAUUGCUAAAAGCUAUAACUUGAGACCAGAAAUAACAAAAUCAAAAGGAAUUUCUAUCAAUAGUAUACCGUCACUUUUGAAUCAAUUAAAAUCACGAGAGGAAAAUGCUUCAGAUGCAGAACAUUUGGAUUACAUGAAGACCAGUUUAUCUAUUUAUUCAUUACCACUCUUUACAGUUCCUGAAAUUAUGGAAGGAAAACAUAAAACCUCAUCAACAACAACAACAACUGAAGAGGAGGAAGAAAAACCUGAAGUUAUUGCAAUCACUGAUGAAACAAAUGAUGAGAAUAUCCAAACAGAAGUUAUCUCCGAAGAACAACAAGAACCAGAGGAAACUGUACAACCUGAGGAACCAGCUGUUGAAGAAAAGAAAUCAAAGAAGGAUAAAAAGAACAAGAAGGAUAAAAAGGAGGAUAAGAAAGAUAAAAAGAAUGAUAAACCAAAAGGAAUAACAAAGUUGGAAAAGAUGAAAGAAAAGUUACACAAAAAGAAAUGA